AUGACUGAUUUGCCUACAGGGGUUGAUAUACCCUCCAUGACUACUCCUGCAGUUAUUUCGGAACCUGUCGGAUCUCAGCCUGAGGGGACCUCCGUUGGCAUUGGAUCUCGAUCAUCUCUAUAUGAGCGUGUCCGCGCCCUCUUGGCUGAUACCGAUCCCGACAAAGACAUUUUUCGUACAGACCUCGGCCUUUUUACCGUCUUUUAUAACGGCAUGAUCGAGAAACUUCUUCAUCGAGGAUAUGGUUUCGAUCAGUUCAGGCGUUCCUUUUCUCGUCACAUGCCGAUGUUCAGAGAAGAAGGGUAUCCAGAGUUGGCCGAUUUCUUCACCGCCGAUUUUGCUGUUCUGGAGUCGGAGAUCCGAGAGUUGAAGGAGCUGAAGGCUAAUGGGGUUUCUUCCUUCGUGUCCUCUCAGAUGGAGCAUAGGCUGGCACAGUGGCGCAACCUGAGAUCUUCCAUCGGCAGUGAGCUUCAGUCGCAUGAGCGUUCAGUUGCGCAGCUGAUGGCUACCGUGGCGAGGAAGGAUACAGAUAGAGCCGAGCUACUCCGCUCUUUGGAUUCCGGCCGCGAGGAAGUGGCUAGGUUGAAGGAGGCCUUGAAGCACGCCGAGGAGUCCAUUACUAUCAUUGCAGAAGACCUGGCUGGAGUAGAGCAUUCUCGUGGACAGGCCCUCGAGAAGCUAGGAUCUACACAGGAGAGAUUGAUGAAGCUGAAGAAUGAAGCCGCGGAGAUCUUAAGCAGUUCCGAAGACUCUGUCCGAGCUAGUCUGCAGGCAGAACUUGAGCAGAGCUAUGUAGACAGGCUUUCUAGUUUAGAGUCCCAUGUUCUUAGCCGUCAGUUGCCUCUCGGUGUUGAUACACAGGCCGAGGACUUCUCAUUCAUCAAGGGAGAUCUUUACGAGAGUAAGGAGAAAUUGAUCCAUGCUAUUCGCACGUAUUCCAUUGCAAAAAAUGUGAAGUUCAGGCCAACCAAAAAUAAUACUACAAGCUAUAAUGUGGUUUGUUUCUAUCGCAAAGAUGACGAUGUCGAAGAUAAUAGUGGACACCACGACGGCAAUGCGAGGUGUCCGUGGAAGCUUAAUUCACGCUCGGGUUCAAGAGUAGGUGGGCAAUUCAAAAUCACGGCAUACAAUGGACUCCACACUUGUAGCAAUCCUCGAUUAGAGAUGAAUAACAAGAAUGCGUCCUCUUCUUUUAUAUAUCGAUUGAUUUUACCGCAUCUGAGGGAGGAUCUUGAUCUAAGGCCGAAAGAUAUCCGUCUUUUAGUGCAUAAAGCCACCAACUUGGAUGUAUCAUAUCACAAGUGUUGGAAUGCUAGGAGGAAGGCGAUGAUAAAAAUAUUCGGGGAUUGGGAUAAAUCGUAUGAGAUCUUACCUCAUUAUCUUGAAGCACUCAAAAGAGAAAAUCCGGGGACUGUCUACGAAGUAUCUUCGGACCCCGUUGAUGGCGGAGAACGGCGGUUCACCGGUGUAUUUUGGGCAUUUGGGCCCUGUAUUGAGGGGUUUCGUCAUUGCCGUCCUCUUCUUAGCAUUGAUGGAACUCACUUAUAUGGUAAAUACAAAGGCGUUUUGCUUGUUGCAACCGGAGUUGACGCGGAUGGCGGGUUGUUUCCUUUAGCAUUCGCAGUGGAUGAAAGGAAUUCCAAGAGCACUCCAACGACAUUUCCCGCCACCCAUGCACUCUGUAUAUAUGCUCAUAUUUUAAUCACAGGUCUAUUCAUUAUGGAUCCGGGACCGGAGAAUCCCGACGUUUUGUACCUUCAGGCGAGUCAUUGUUCAGACCAUAUUGGUUCGGGAGAGCCCGUACCAGAGUACACGAUGAUCGAGCAUUCCCAUAGUCAUUCGGCAUGGGUCAUAGAGGAUGAGAGGGUACUAGCUUUGAUCGCUCAGGCCGGUUUUCGACCGUGUUCGACGAUUCGUUAUAUCAGGCUUGAUUGGCCGCUUAUCACUGCUUUGAUUGAGAGGUGGAGGCCAGAGACCAACACCUUUCACAUGCAUAUAGGGGAGUGCACGAUCACUUUACAGGACGUGGCCGUCAUACUUGGGCUCCGGAUUGAUGGACCGGUAGUUACGGGCACCGACGAUCAUAGUUGGCCGGAGGUAUGUGCCCGGCUACUUGGACAGGUUCCCGACUUGAGGAGUGGUGCGAUGAAGCUAUCGUGGCUUCGUCAGACAUUUCAGGGCGACAUACCAGAGGAUGCCUCUGAUGAGACGCUCCAGUUUCAUGCUCGUGCAUACAUAUUGCACAUGAUAGGGUGCGUACUAUUUCCUGAUGCGAGCAAGACUCUCGUACAUGCACGAUGGCUGCCACUGCUGGAGGAUUUUGGUGUAUGCGGGGCACUAUCGUGGGGCAGUGCGGUGUUGGCAUAUUUGUAUCGAGAAUUGAGUAGAGUAUCUCUGAUGCAGAAUAAAGAAUUCAAGGGAUGCUGUACGUUGAUACAGAUUUGGUCAUGGGAGCGCAUUCAUAUUGGACGACCCACUUUACUUAUGCACCGUGACUUAGAGGGGCAGUAUCCGUUGGCAUACAGGUAUAACGUGCGAUACGCUCAGUACAAAUCAGCGACGCGUCACCGUCAGUUUUACCGAAAUGAGCUUGAUGGCCUCCAGCAUGAACAGUUCAAGUGGAGACCCUAUACACCGCCGGAGCUCGAUAUACAUUCUCUUGCACCUAUCUGCCGAGAUAGUCCCGACUUGUGGAGAGCCAGAGUUCCAUUGAUCUGUUGGGAGAUCGUAGAGAUGCAUGUACCGGACCGUGUGCUACGGCAGUUUACACUCUCUCAGCAUAUUCCAGAUCCUGUCGAGCAGAUCAAUCGUCGGCGGCGCCCUACAUCGCACCGGACUGACUGGGCCGUAGUCCGUGCGGCCUACAUAGACAGGUGGGUUCAGAGGUGGGAUUGCAUACAGGAUACGAGGCCCACAGCUGUUGACUAUACCACGUAUAUGCGUUGGUAUUGGGGUAUCACACGUAGAUGGAUCACGCGUGACCCACAGCCUUUAGCUGGACACAUGCCACGCCCACCGACAGAUAGUUACAUCCCUAGUGGGAUGAACGAGAGAGAUUACGUCCGUGUUUUAGAUAGCAUUGAUGCUGAUAUUGAUGCGCACGUGACUGAGAUUCAGGAUCAGGUGGCGUUAGGGCUCCUCAGCAGGAUCAAUAAGAGCAUAGCGCAGGGCCGGCACUUCACGUGA